AGGUGUGGUCUUCCAAUUCAAAACCCUAAACCUAAACUUAAACCCUUACUUCAAUUUCUUCAAUCCAAUACCGAAAAUGUUCAAAAUUUCCUCCACAUUGUUUCUACAUUUCAUCCAUAAACGUUCUCUCAAUACCAUUUCUACUUCUACAUUGCCUUUACCUUCUGUUUCUACCAUUGAAUUCCUCACUAAUUCAUGUGGCCUUUCUUCAGGAUCUCCUACUUCCGCCGGUCGAAAGCUCCAAUUCGAUGAAAAACACAUCCACCAGUACGAAGCUAUUAUUGGCUUCUUGAAAUCUCAUGGAUUCGAUAAUUCACAGAUCGCCAAGUUGGUCUCGAAGCAACCUUCCAUCCUUCAAUCCAAAGUACCCAACAAUCUGAAGCCUAAAUUUGAGUUCCUCCAGGAAGUCGGUUUCGUCGGUCCUUUACUUCCUAAGCUAAUUCUAUCAAACCCUGGGAUUCUUCUCAGGAGCUUAGAUUCUCGGUUGAAACCAUCAUUUUUUAUCUUGAAGGAAAUGCUUGGUGAAAAAGGAAAUUCUAUAAAAAAUUCAUGUGACCUUUCUACAGAAUCUCCUUCUUCCGCUGGUGGAAAGCUCCGAAUCGAUGAAAAAAACAUCCAGCAGUACGAAGCCAUUAUCGGUUUCUUCAAAUCACAUGGAUUCGAGAAUUCACAGAUCGCCAAGUUGGUCUCGAGGCAACCUUCAAUCCUUCUAUCCACAGUAUCCACCAAUCUGAAGCCUAAAUUUGAGUUCCUCCAGGAAAUCGGGAUCGUCGGUCCUUUACUUCCUAAGGUAAUUGCAUCGAACCCUGGGAUUCUUCUCAGGAGCUUAGAUUCUCAUUUGAAACCAACAUUUCGUUUCUUAAAGGAAAUACUUAAAUCGGAUGAAAAGGUAACUGCUACUUUUUGUCGUUGUACGUGGCUUCUAACUUCUAAUUCCAAGGGUGCUCUGCGAUCAAACAUUGAUAUUUUGGUCAGUGAAGGAGUACCAUCUAGGAAUAUAGCGAAAAUGACUGAAAUGCACCCUAGAACUAUUACACGAAAUGUUGAUAGAAUGAUUGAUGCAGUGAAAACGGUUAAAGAAUUAGGCGUUGAACCAAAGGAUGGUAUGUUUGUUUAUGCAGUUAGUACAGUGGCUUCAAUGAGUGGUUCAAAUUGGAAGAAGAAAAUAAAUAUUAUGAAGAGUUUAGGAUGGUCUGAGAAGGAUAUUGCUACAGCAUUUAAGAGAUUUCCACUUUAUUUAACUUGUUCAGAGGAGAAAAUGAAGGAUGUUGCAGAUUUCUGUUUCAACACUGCAAAGUUUGAUACAAGAACUCUAAUUAGUUACCCUGUGUUAUUCAAGUGUUCAGUCGACAAGCGGCUUCAACCGAGGUACAAAGUUCUUGAGGUUUUGAAGGUGAAAAAUCUUCUUAAGAACAGAAAGAUUGCUUCGAUAUUCUUAAAAGGGGAGAAAACUUUUGUGGAGAAAUAUGUAGUUAAGCAUUUGGCUGAAAUCCCAAAUCUGAUGGACAUAUACCGAGGUAAUGUUGCAUCCGAAACCAAAUCUGUUCUAUAGGAUUGGAAGGUAGUAAGUCAAUUACUGUCAUAGUCCUUCUAUUGGUUGCUCUAAACAAAGAUUGACUUUUGUGAAUGGAGACCCAGUAGAGGAGGUCUACAUGAGCCCUGCGUCUCAAAGAAAAUACACCGUUGAUUUGCUAAAUGACACAGGUAUGUUGGGUACCGUCGUGCUGACAUUCAUAAUGUUCUUAUAGUUUAAAUUUGAGCAUCAUGUGAUCUUCAAACGGGAGAGCAUUUUUGUUGUUAUUAACCUACUGUUUUAAAUAACACUGCUUCUUGAGCUUUUCAAAUGGUGGGAGGGUUGUGUUGUUUUUGUAUCCAAAUUAAGGCAAUUAGUUAGGUAAAUCUAUUUGGUGUACAUUUGAUCAUAGACAUGUUGAUCUUGAAAUUGGAGGCUUUUUUGUUUUUCUCUUCCUAAUCCUUUAGUCACUCCUUGAAGUUUUGCAAGUUUGUAGACUAAUUUUGAAAGAAAUGAUGCUGAAAUGGGAUGAGAGACAUGAGACUUCUACAUAAACCUUAUGCUUUGUGUUUGUAAGGUAGAUGAGAAUUGAAUGAAAUAUUGUAGUUGAAGGAAGGGAUGUAUUAUUUGCUAUUCCAAAUAACAAUCUUAUUAUUUUCA